UCCUCCUCGGCGAGGCUGCAUCCGCGGUGCACCGAAGGUCAAUAGAAAUCAUCGGCGGUCACGAUUGGCCACGAUCCCGAUCCAGCUUCCUUUCACCGUGGCCGACUCGGGUCCGCGCGCGCGGCGAGCGUUUUGCAUACGCCGAUAGGAUAAUCGCGGGAUCGAUAAGCCCCGGGCGCUAAUCAACUAAUGAAUGUCGGAGCGCCGGUUAAAUCGGGACACCCCGUAUUCCCCGAAGAAGCGGUCCCGCGUCUUAAACGCCGGACGGGAAUACAUAAUAAUUGAUCGGCCUUACGGGCCGAACGAAAUCCCACGGAUAAUUACGCUGGAAGCCGUGUGUUUCUCAUACGCGAGCGGGCAAACGCGCCGAUGGAAAAGCCGAGUUUCCCUUUUCGCGAAUCUCACGCUCUUGGUGGGAGUUCAGGUGAAGAUGUGGGGAUCAAGCCGGUACCGAGUCUCUGACCCACUGACAUUCUCUUCAGUUUCUUCGUAGACACAAACGCCGAUAAUUCGUGACUGGGAAGUCCGAUGUCGGUGAUCGGGAUCGCUGGUCGAUUAUUAACGAAAGGGAAAGGACAACGGUCGCGCACCAGGAUCGGCCGAAAUCGCGCGUUGACAUGCGUAUAAACCGGAGAUUUCUGACCAGCGUCGCAGUUUGCUCGACAGUUCUCUUCGUCGUCCUUAGAUCGAGACAGCCCGUCGUCGAGUUCCCGAGCGAUCCGAAGAACCGCGCGGAUAGACGUUCCGUGGAACAACGAGAGAUCGAUAAAGUCCAGACGUAUCGAUAUGUCACGCCUUCCCUCGCGGAGCUGGGUCCUCGCCGAAGCGUGCCAAAAAUGAACGCCGAUAUCCUGAUGUUGACGCGGGUUCCCGACGCCGGUGCCGAACUGCUGGUCCUGAUCCUGCAGCGUCUGCAGGGAUACAACGCUUUCAAGCACAUCAGAUUGCCGCCGGGCGAUCACAGGCUGCUCACGUCCCUGAAAGAGGAGCUGUUAGUGGAGGAGAUCACGAACAUAAUGAGACAGGAGGCGAUUCCUCUGAGUUUCGACGGGGACGUGGGAUUCUUGAAUUUCUCGAAAUUCGGCCGACAGCCGCCGUCCUUUAUCGCCCUCGUGAGAAAUCCUCUGCGCGUUCGGAACUUGCUGAGGUACCGUGAAAGACGAAAAGAAGCAGGACUCGCGAGCCGAGCUAUUCCGACGUUCUGCGGACAAGAUCCGCGAUGCACAGCGAUAAACAACAAGUGGGCAUUGCAGCGUGCCAAAGCAAACAUAAUCGAAUGGUAUCCGGUCGUCGGUAUUCUGGAUUGCAUGGAGCAAUCGAUAAACGUACUCGAACAGAAGUUUCCAUACUUUUUUCGCGGGGCUAGGCGGAUUUACAGUCAGAUUCGGCCGAGAAAGAAGAGCGUUUCCGAUGCGUCGUGCUCGUUAAGGUCACGAGUGAGAGAUGAUCUGUCGAAACACUUCGAGGAUGAGAUAGAAUUAUAUCGGUGGCUGAAGUUCCGACUUUUCAACGAGACGCUGAAGAGUGUUACGGACGCUUGACACCCGCUGAUAUCCAUACCAUAAAUGGAUAGUUACGAAAUCGCACCAAAGAUAAUUUUUUAUUAAAUCUACUACGAUAAGUUUCCAUCGACCGGAACAGCGAUGAAGAAGGUUUUAAAUAAAUAAAUGAAUGAAUAAAGAAAUAAAUAAAUAAAUAAAUAAGUAAAUAAAUAGAUAUCGCAGGAUAUUGCUGAGCACAUUGCUUAGCACAAUGACGGACUCCAUCUGGGUAUUUACGUCAGACUGCAACACAAAAUUGCGUUGUCGGCUUUAAAAAUACGAUGUUUUAGCAUUGAGUUAAUAAAAUAACGAUAAUCGCAAUGAAAGCGUAUUUGAGAAACAAAUUGUGUCUCAAUGCGCAAAAUUUUCAAUUGCAAAUAUUUUCAUUAAAAGAUUAUGAGAAUUUUCGCUAAA